GCUAUUUUACUCGACGCACUUUAAGAAUGGUGUCAUUAAAAUCAACCAAGUCAAAACCUGCAGCUAGUCGUACUUCUCGUCAUAAAAAGAAAUAUUGGAGAAAAGGGAUUGACAUGAAUGUCAUUGGGAAAAGCAUCCAUGAUGUUGUUCAACGACCUAAACCGGCGGAUACUCCCGAUGGUGAACUUAUUGCAAUUGAUCGAACACCAUCUAGCGAAGUAAAGAAGUUUACGAAACGGCAACAAGCCGCUUUGGAUAAAAUCUCAAAGAGUAUAAGUGAGCCAGAGAAAUUACCAUUACCUCCUCCAAAAUGUCCGUCACUCAAGAAGCAACCGAAGUUGAAGCAGCCAGUACAGCAUAAGGAAAAAGUACAAAAGAAGCAAGAUGCUCCAAGCUACGAUUUGUGGGAUAAAGAUUUCGAACCUAAAGUGGACUUGGAAUAUAAGGAAGCAGGUGAACAUAUGCUCCUUUACACGAAGAGAAAGCUUCCACACAAACCAGUAACGGCAAGUUUCAAACCAAGUUUGCUCGACCACGUCGCGCUUCCUGACGCCGGUACCUCGUACAACCCGAAAGCAGAAGAUUACGAAAAAUAUGUGAUGAAGAUUGCCCAAGAUGAAACAAAAUUGAUAUUAGAAGAGGAGAAGAUUGAAAGAGGAAGAAAACCCAAGUACGAAAGCGUCGUAACAUACGAAGAGAAGAGCUUAGAAGAGACAGAAGGGUUGGUUAUUGAUCCUCGCUACAGUGCUGAAGAUGAGAGUAGUACGAAAGAAGAAGUCAGUAAAGAAGAAUCUGAAGAAAGUAUGGAUACAGGUGAAAAAGUGGUUAUUUCGCAUCUGAAACGCAAAACGCGGAAGCAGAAGCAGAAUGCUUUGAAAGAGAAGAAACUUGUUCGAGAACAGAAGCGACGGAAAGAAAUCGAGAAGAAACAGCACGAUGUUUUCAAAGCGAAGAGUAUCAAUAAAGCGCUCGCAAAGACCGAACAAGAGAUAGCAGAGAACGCAGCCAAACGAAAAAAGGAGAAAUUUUUGAAGAAGAUGACUGGCCGACAAAAAUUGGGAGGCGGAGAGUUCAAAGAUGAAGAGGAGCCAUUUUUACUACAGGAGGAACUACCAGAUAGUCUUCGCAAGCUGAAGCCACAAGGUCAUGUACUAAAUGAUCGACUAGCAAGCUUGCAAAAGAGAAACAUUUUGCCAAUUGGUGGUCCUAAGAAUAAGAAUAAGUUGAAGACGAAGCUGAAGCGCAAAUUUGUCGAGAAGCGAUUAGUCCAAGAGGUCAAGAAAGGAAGUCGCGUCAUGUGAACUGGCUGACAUUGUUUAUGCUGUUGUUUUUGUCUGUUUAUUGUUGAUUUGCAUUGUUAAAUGAUCCUUUUUGUUGCCAUUAAAUGAUUAUAUUUACUCUAUAUAAAUUAAUAAAAACAUAUAUUUAUGAGUUAGUGAACCUCGAGAAUUUGAGCAC